CGAGCAUUUGCUGUCACACAGAAAUAGCCAAUUUCGAAGUCGAUCAGUAGAAACCUAAAAUCAAUUCUCUGAAAAAAAAUGACGUGCGAAGUGCAGAAUUUCAUAGAUGGCAUGUCGCAGACUUUUUGUAAGCACAAAGAGAUGCGCAAAUGCCAAAUGCUCGAGAUCCUGGACAAAGUGCGUUCCUGCGAUUGCAGGCACAAAAAAAGGCUAAACAACUGCUGGAUGCUCAAGUCUGGACGCCGGCAACCCGCAUCCAAGGGCUGGACCCUCUACCUCGUCGCCGCCUGCUUCGGUUUGCUCCUGCUCAUGAUCAUCUAUGUGAUCCAUGUGGCCAGAAGGUACAAUCAUGUACGGGCCUACGGCAGCAGCGCCUGCGGAUCCACUUUGUUCUACAGCUACACGGACUGCGAUGUGUUCUACUAGGGAUUACUAACCAAGCUCACUUAUAUUUUGACUUAAUUGUUCAAUAAA